AUGGCUACUUCAAGUGGAAAAUUUGAAAAAGUGUCCAAAAUUGAGACGCUAAAACUUUUGGAGAACUGCAGAAAGGAAAGAGAUGAUGCUCUGCACAGAGAAAGUGUUCUCAGAGAGAAACUCAGGCAGUAUGAGUCGAAGAUCCGUUCCACUGAGGCUCUGAAACAGAAAUUAAAGACCUUGACUAUGGACAACAAGGAGCUGAGGAAGCAGGUGAAGACCCUUCGGAUGGAAAUUGGACUCGAGUCCAGCCCCAAGUUCAAUGGAAAGACCACCAAGGACAUAAUCAAUGACUUGCAUGAAAAGGAGCGAGAAUGCAUUUCUCUGAUAGAGAAGGCAGGGAAACUGAGUCUGACCAUUGAUGACCUGACAUCAGAGUUGGCAAAUACAGUCACUUCUAAAACACUUUUAGAAGACCAAGUGCAGACGUUACAGCAAAAUCUCAAGGAUAUGACCAAUAAUCAACGGCGUCUACUGAAGUUGUGGGAAGACAGGAAAGGCCAGAGGGAACAGCUUGCCCUCCCCGCCAUUAGCCCGAAACCUGGUCAGAUACCAUUUGUCCAAAGAGCAGUUCAGACUGACAUGUCCAUCAGCUCAUCUCAAAAGCUUCCAGACAAUGCUUUUGAGACCAAGGCAUUUUCUCGGGACAAUGACAAGAAGAAUGUUUUGGAUAAACACAGUUUUCCAUCUUAUGGGAAUGGUUUUCAUCAUGACAAAAAAGCCUUUAUGCAUGAGGAAACUAAGGGAAUUCAAAAUGGACACUGA